UCCUCCCGCCCGGGCCGCCUGUCCCCGCCCGCAGCGCACGGGGCCGCGCCGCUUCUCGGAGACGCCUCCCAGGCGCCCGCGGCGGCCGGGCAGGGGCAGGGGCAGGGCGGCGGCGCAAGGCGCGGCGGGGCGCCUGUCCCUGAAGAGAAGGAAUGAAGCACUAACAGGCAAAGGAAGCAGGGCUGCGAAAAUAUUAUCUCCAGUUGCUGACUAGAAGUUGCAUACCUGUGAGUAACCACUUUGCUGUGAGGCAGACGCACAAGUGUGGCCUGAUGAACUGCACCUCAGGACUACAGAACUGCCAUUAGGUUAUAAGGGAGUUUGCAAUGGCAAUGCUCUGGAAAUUCAUGAGAGUAGCUAGGUAUUCUAAAACAGCUUUACCACCGAAAGUGAGAGGAAUUCCGGUCCAUUCGAGGCAUUUUUCUUCUUCCAAGUCUGUACCUUCAGAUUUUGCUGCCAGCACAACCUGCUUAAAUACUGUGGAACUGCUUGGUAAAUCUUAUCCCCAGGAUGACUACAGCAAUGUCACAGAGAAGAUUCUUUCUAAAGUGGGGAAGAACUUGCAUAACAAAAAGCAUCACCCUUUGUGGCUAAUCAAGGAGCAGGUGAAGGACCACUUUUACAAGCAAUAUACAGGACGCCGUGGGACUCCACUUUUUUCUGUCUAUGAUGGUCUUUCUCCAGUGGUUACAGUACAGCAGAAUUUUGAUAGUUUACUUAUACCACAAAACCAUGCCAGCAGAAAGAAAGAGGAUAACUAUUACUUGAAUCGUGAUCACAUGCUAAGAGCACACACAUCAGCUCACCAGUGGGACCUGAUACACUCCGGCCUAGAUGCCUUUCUGGCUGUGGGAGAUGUCUACCGCCGUGAUACAAUUGAUAACACCCACUAUCCGGUCUUUCAUCAGAUGGAAGGAGUUCGGCUUUUCUCCUGUCAUGAGUUGUUCUCCAACAUCAAAGAUGGUGAAAGCUUCCAGUUGUUUGAGCAAGGUCAUCGCACUGCACACAAGCAAGAAUGUCACACCAUGGAGGCAGUGAGGCUGGUGGAGUUCAAUCUGAAGCAAGUGCUCACAAAACUCAUGACUCACAUCUUUGGUGAUGGACUGCAAGUCAGAUGGGUAGACUGCUACUUCCCGUUUACUCACCCUUCCUUUGAGAUGGAGAUCAACUUCCAAGGAGAAUGGCUGGAGGUCCUGGGCUGUGGGGUCAUGGAGCAACAGCUAGUUAACUCAGCUGGUGCUCAGGAUAAAAUUGGCUGGGCAUUUGGCUUGGGUUUGGAGAGGCUGGCCAUGAUCCUGUAUGAUAUUCCUGACAUCCGACUGUUCUGGAGUGAAGAUGAACGCUUCCUGAAGCAGUUUAUUGUGCCUCACAUUUGCCAAAAAAUAAAAUUUCAGCCACUCAGUAGAUACCCACCUUUGAUUAAUGACAUCUCCUUUUGGCUGCCUUCUGAGACAUAUUCCAAGAAUGAUUUCUAUGAGUUGGCCCGAACCAUUGGUGGAGACCUGAUAGAAAAGGUUGUCCUACUGGAUGAAUUUACCCAUCCAAAGGUUUGUAGUAGGAUUUUUACUCAGGCAUAUGUUGCCACUCCACACUGCCAGAUUAUCUCUGGAAAUACCAUGUUGUCUCCCAUACAAGUUCAGCAGUCCUGGAGCAGGACCACUGAUAUGCACAGAGAUGAUCCUGUACAUAACAUCCAGGACAAAGAAGGUCAGCCAUUGCUACCGUAUUGUUUACCGUCACCCGGAGAGGACUUUAACGCAGAACGAGGUGCAUCGUAUCCAUCAAGCUAUUGAAGAAUCAGCAGUUCGAGAACUUGGGGUUGAGGGCAGGUUCUAGCAUUGUUGGUCUGAAGCCCUAAUGACAGUUGCUUUCUCUCUUCCCACCCCCCCCCUCCCCCCCCAUUUCUUUUUAUCUUUUUGGGGUGGGGAGUACAAGUAAAGAGGGAUUCUGUGACUGAAUGUAGCACAUGGAAAACAAUUGAUAAAUAAGCAAUGGUAAAACUACCAAAUAAUAAACAUUACUACUGAGAAAUCACUGACAAA